AUGUCUCGCAUGGUGACUACAUGCUGGAACCUUGCUCCAGUAACCUGUCAACUCUUUCCUGUUGUCAGCAGAGCUGCUGUUUCUACUGCUUUCAUAAGAAACCUCUCACUUCCAGCUAAGGGGGCUCCGGUGAUCGGCGCCAGAUCAUUUUCGUCGGACCCUAGGUUCAAACGUCGGGCCAAUCAUUCUCGUCUUACCCCAGCACUAGCUGUAUCCGCAGGACUUGCCCUCGGCUACUAUCUUUACCAAAGAGGUCCCCAGCCAGUAAAGCUGAGCCUAGUGCCGGAGAAGCCAGAGAAACCAAAAUGUGCUCAUUGCGUGGACAACAAGCCAGAGGUGAUCCAAGAGAAGCCGGUUGGAUGCUGUGAGGACGAACAAACCACUACGUACCAGGAGAAGCCUCUUUCAUGCUGCGUCGAUGAUGAGGCAUCCAUAGCCAUGGUCCCUGCUAUUGGCGGAGAUCAUAAGCACAAGAUCUUCGAGACAGUUGACGACGAGACAUUGCUCAUCUCAAGGCUCCCCAAAGAAGACGCGAUUCUAACAACGGCGCCAAAUGUCCCUCCUUCCAUCACAAGAGAUCAUCCAGCUCUUGUCAAGGUUCCGCUAGUGACUACGACUAAGCUGGCUCAGCUGACUAGCCAGUAUAAAUACGAACAGUGGACUUUCAACGGCACUGUCCCUGGCCCUUUCAUCCGGGCCAAAGUCGGAGAUGUCAUUGAGCUGAGCCUCACAAAUAAAGACCCCGCAGGUAAUCCUCACAACAUCGACUGCCACGCAUUCACUGGCCCUGGUGGUGGUGCCGCUGUUACUACCGCUGAAGAGGGUGAAACCAAGGUCGGUCGCUUCAAGCUCCUUUACCCCGGUCUCUACGUGUAUCAUUGUGCCGCUGCCCCUGUUCCCGUUCACAUUGCCAACGGCAUGUACGGCCUCAUGUACGUGCAGCCGGAAGGUAAUGACCUACCGCCCGUGGACAAGGAGUAUUAUGUUAUGCAGAGCGAGUUCUACCACGAACCACCAGAGGUUGAUGAUGACGGUCGACGAUCCGAAAUUGUCGAGUUCUCGUAUCCCAAUGGUCUUCGUGAAGAACCUCAAGUCGUUGCCUUUAAUGGUAGCGAGUCAGCCUUGACAAGAGAUCAUCCUCUCAAGGCUCAUGUCGGUGACGACGUGAGAAUCUUCUUUGGAAAUGCUGGACCGAACCUUACUAGUUCAUUCCACAUCAUCGGCACGCACUUCAAGAAUGUUUACCGAGAUGGCGGCGUGACCAGCAACCCAUCAAAGGGCAUUCAGACCGUUUCUGUUCCUUGUGGUGGGUCAACUAUCGUCGACUUGAAGAUGGCUGUCCCAGGGACGUAUACACUAGUUGACCAUUCCAUUUUCCGCUUGGACAAAGGUGCAGUGGGUUUUCUGAAUGUUUCUGGUCCGCAAAAUCCCGGGGUGUAUCAGAGUUCUCAACCGCCAAGGCCUUGCGUGGGCUGCAAAUUGCACUCCUGA